AUGACAUCUGUCAACAGCUACGGAUACGUGGGCACAGCUACAAGACAACACACGGCAUCCUCACCUGUGAAUGACCCAUUGUCACAAAACUCUGGUCAACAUUCCAAGCUUGCAUGUAUGGCCAAUUUCGAUGAGAUGGCGCUGGAAGGUGCUUCGACCUUUCUUCGGUUGUUGAUAUUGGCAACCAAUUCGAUCCUCGACCCUGGCUCUUACGAUGGCGAAGUGACGCUGCACCGAGUGUCGCCUUUCGAAUGUCUUUACGACUUGACAGCCAGAAUUGUCGACAUCAUGCACUUCCUGUGGUACAGCGGUCAUGAUGUCGAUGGUGGGAUCAUAUUCUUCGUUGCGCAAAGCUACCUGCCUCUGCGACUGGCAUUGAAUAUUCCCAGUAUCUUACACGCUUAUAAGGUCUGGAGACUGGAAGAUGCAUAUUGGUCAAAAGUCUUCACUGCAUCAUACUUGCUCUGUUGGGUGUUUGCGAAGAUUUAUCCGAUGCGCUCACAGCAACUCACAGUGGCCGAGUCAGACCGCAUCCGUCGCAAGGUUACCAAUCCCGUCUUUUUCGGCCUCUCACACUGUCUUGUAUGCUUUGCUGUAUUCAGCGAUGGGCUUGAAGCUGCUCUCUGGUCAUGGUUCGGUGUCUUGGUCAUCGCUGGCUUUGCGCUCGCUGUCCGACCAACGCCUCCUCAGAUCAACCCUCAAAGGAACCCAGCCUUCGAGACCAUCCUCCAGGUGUUCUUUCAUCUUCUGUGUCUCGCAAUCUUCUGGUUGUUCGAGUACUCACCCAGCUCAUUGAGUCUCAAACUCCAAGAUUCAGCUUGGCGUGAGAGUCGGAUGCUUAUGAUCAUGGCAGUCCUUCAAUUUGAUGCGGCUAUGGUCUUUCUUGUCGCUGCAAGAGCUGACAGGUGGUUAAUGGUGAGGUUUGCAUUGGUAGGCGCGAGCCUGGUCGGUAUGGCGUAUGUACAUUACAUUGAGCUUUUCACCCUGACGCAAGGCACAAAAGCUUUGCUUAGAGGGGAGAAGCCAUUAGAUCGAACAUCGUAA